AUGCUUUCAGAACAGACAGCAGCCCUGGGGACAGGAUGGGAGUCAAUGAAUGUCCAGCUGGAUAGAGCACAGCCCCAGGUGGAAAGGGGAAGCCAGGAAGAGGGGCCAUGGAGAACAGCUCCAGGGCCAUUGGAGCACCUGUGCUGUGACCUUGAAGAGGAGCCACAGUCCCUUCAGGAGAAGGCUCAGUCCACUCCCUGGGUUCCUGCCAUUCCCCAGGAAGGGAGCACUGGAGAUUGGGAGAUGGCAGCUGCACUUCUUGCAGCAGGAUCACAGGGCCUGGUAACCAUCAAGGAUGUAUCACUGUGCUUCUCUCAGGAGGAGUGGCGGAGCCUGGACCCUUCUCAGACAGACUUCUAUGGAGAAUAUGUCAUGCAGGAAAACUGUGGGAUAGUGGUGUCUCUGAGAUUUCCAAUUCCCAAACUGGAUAUGCUUUCUCAACUAGAAGGAGGGGAAGAACAAUGGGUCCCCGAACCCCCAGACUUAGAAGAGAGGGACAUUCUGAAGGUCACAUACACAGGAGAUGGAAGUGAGCACGAGGGGGAUACCCCUGAACUAGAAGCAGAGCCUCCUAGAAUGUUAUCUAGUGUGUCUGAAGAUACUGUUCUCUGGAACCCAGAACAGGAUGUGAACUGGGAUUCCAUGCCCAGAAGCUCCAGAGGCAUGCUCCUGGGCCCACCUUUUCUUCAGGAAGAUAGCUUCUCAAACCUUCUGUGUAGCACAGAAAUGGAUUCCCUGUUAAGACCACACACGUGCCCGCAGUGUGGUAAACAGUUUGUGUGGGGCUCCCACCUGGCCAGGCACCAGCAGACACACACCGGGGAGAGGCCCUACAGCUGCCUCAAGUGUGAGAAGAGCUUUGGGAGAAGACAUCACCUGAUCCGACACCAGAAAACCCACCUACGUGACAAGCCCAGCAGAUGCCCUGAGUGUGGCAAGAAUUUCCGAUGCAACUCCCAUCUAGCCAGCCACCAGAGAGUGCACGCAGAUGGCAAAUCCUGCAAGGGCCAAGAGGCUGGAGAGAGCCCUGGGGCUAGGAAGCGGCAGCGCGCGCCACCCGUGCCCAAGUGCCACGUGUGCACCGAGUGUGGGAAGAGCUUUGGCCGGCGGCACCACCUGGUGAGACACUGGCUGACACACACCGGGGAGAAGCCCUUCCAGUGCCCGCGCUGUGAGAAGAGCUUCGGCCGUAAACACCACCUGGACAGGCACCUGCUGACCCACCAGGGACAGAGUCCCCGGAGCAGCUGGGACAGAGGGACAGCUGUCUUUUGA